AUGGAUUUGAGACCAGCCAUGCGUUCUACUCUGCUGCUUCUGGUGCUCCUGCUUCCUUUUUCCGCAAAUGCGUCGAGCAAACUCUAUAUUGUGUAUAUGGGAGAGAAGCAGCAUGAUGAUCCAUCCGUGGUUACCGCGUCACACCAUGAUGUACUGACCUCUGUUUUCGGAAGUAAGGAUGAAGCCCUGAAGUCUAUAGUAUACAGUUACCGGCACGGAUUUUCCGGUUUUGCAGCGAUGCUAACUGAAACACAAGCUGAGUUCCCUGCAGAAUUUCCUCAAGUUCUAUCCGUAAAGCCAAACACUUAUCACAAGGGGCAAACAACUCGGAGCUGGGAUUUUCUUGGUCUUGACUACUACCAGUCACCACGUGGUUCUGCCGGCCUCCUCCAGAAAGCAAAGUACGGCGAAGAUAUCAUCAUUGGUGUCAUCGAUUCAGGUAUUGACCCCGAGGACCUCAAGGGCGAGUAUAUGUCCCCAAGGGACUUGAGUGGCCAUGGCACGCAUGCAGCCUCGACCAUCGCUGGAAACCGCGUGUGGAAUCAGAACAUUAUGAAGCGAAGGGAGUACAAGGUUAUUUGGGGCCACGGUUUGAGAAGUAGUGACACAGCUGUCAUUAAGGCCAUUGACCAUGGGGAAUCAUUUCAGAACGGCACGUCGUACGCGCUGGCAUCGUGCGCCCACGCAAGCAGCUCCCAGCGCGAGACGCGUCAGUCGCCAGGGGGUGAAGAAGGCGAGAUACGGUGCUACUACCAAAGAGUCUUUUUGCUGGAACCGGAUCCUGGAGAUGCUGGAACCAUCUUCUAUUUUUGCUGCAACCAGCAGCUACCGGGGUGA